AUGCCUCGGUCCAACACUACCUCCUCAAGAAAGCCAAAGGCCGCGAAUUCCACACCUCGUAUACGGCCUGCAGCCAUGUCUGUGACUCGAAAACCUCCAGUCGAAGAUCAUGCUCCUGACAAUGACAAGGGAUCAACGUCCCUUGGAGCUUCAUCUUGGCCAGAGAACCCAUGGGCAGACGUCGAGCAAAUCACCACACGGCCAAAAUGGGGCCCUACAUUCGUCGACUAUUGCAGCAAGCCAGGCCAAUUCUGGCCGAAUGGACAAGAGCCUCCCUUCAAAGGUCAGAAAGCCGUGAAGCGUAUCUUCGUCACCAAAGGCAAAAUGCAACCGCGCAAAGAGAUCACCAAAAAUUACGAAGAAAUCAAAGAGCUGAAGAACUAUGUGUCACCUGACAUAUUUCACCCACGAACGGGAGAUAUCAAACUCUACUACGACUACUCCGACUAUGAUAAUACCGACUCCCACCAUUUAUACCUCCAAAGCCGUGGGUUUAUAGCCUUCAAGAGUCUCUUGACGAUGCCAUUUGCGAAGGAAAGAGGUCGAUCGUCCACCCCCAACUCAAAGAUCAACCGUUGCCUCUUCCCCAACCAGUCCAACCUCGUUAUCACUGACACCAAGCUCACGGAUGCGAUCUGCAUGGCUAAACCAAACUUUGAUUUGUUGCCCAAUGCAUCUGAAGGGAAGGUUCUCUUUUUCCCAGUGUGCAUCCCCGGAAUGUCCCACUUUGUUGCAUUUCGCAUUGAUUUUAAAUGUAAAACCUUGCACUAUGGAGACUCUUUGAAUCUCCGAGGGGAACUUGGGAGCUUCAUUCAGAAGUUACAGUGGUGGCUCACUGUGCGUUUUCAUGGGCCAUUCAAAGACCAAGGAAAUACCCUCACACACGGCAUUCAGCAAGAUUCAAUUUCUUGUGAACUGUUUUGCAUUAAUACCAUUGCUCAUAACGUCUUUGGCGAUCCCCUCAGCAUCCCCAUCCCUGCGCGUGCACGAGAAAAAUGGUUUCAGCGGAUCGCUUACAAGUAUAUUACAGCAGUGCCACAAGAAGAAAUUCCUACCGUUUCUACGUCUGAUAUGGUAGUAGGUCCCCCUCCUCCUCCUUGGACGUCACCAGGCAGGCUGCCACAGUGUCAAACUGAAACGGAGCAGCAAAAGAAGGAAAAGAGGAAGCAGCUGAUACCAAUAUUCAAGGAGAAAGCUGAUGCACGAGCAGCCAAUGUUGUGCAGGACAAGAAAGAGAAGGAGAUGGAGGAGCAGAAGGAGAUCAACAGGCAGAGGGAAGUCAAGAGGCAGCUCGAGAUUGAAAGGCAGAAGCAGCUCGAGAUUGAGAGGCAGAAGCAGCUUGAGAUCAAGAGGCAGAUGGAAGUCGAGAGGCAGAAGCAGCUCGAGAUCGAAAGGCAGCAGGAAGCCGACAGGCAGAGGGAGCUUGAGAUCAAGAGGCAGCAGGACCUUGAGAUUGAAAGGCAGAAGGAAGCCGACAGGCAGAGGGAACUUGAACACCAACACCUCAAAUGGGUACAGAAGGUGUAUUCGGGUGGUCGAGUUAUCGCGGACAACAGCAUGGACGUUGACAUCGAGCCAGGCGAAGUGACCUCUGGGUCACACGCACCAUCUCCAACCAAGGGCAAGAUGGACACAGUCAAUCGCCGAGAUCGUUCUCCUUGUCGCCCACAUGCACCCUUUGUUCCAAACCAUUCAUGCUGUUCAUUGUCUCCUCCUCCCCGUGGAUCAUCAUACCAUGCAUCUCGCAGAGAACUGUCUCCCCCCCCGUCGGCCAUUGUCAUAUAG